AUGGAUAUCCGAGUUGUAGAUAUGUCAGCUUCAAGCAGUGAACGUCAGCUUCCGAAGAAAUCGUUUUUCAGAAAAGUCAUGGAUGAUAUAAAAGCAGAUGAGAAGACAAAUUGGAAAGCUCUAUUCAACUCGUUCAUCAUGUUCGCUGAGUGGAUUGCUUUCUUGACAUUUAUCUUCACGGUACUGCGACUGGCGACGUCGAAAUUAGAAUACAAAUGA